UUUAUGUGUUGAGGACAAAGAGCGUCGAGCCUUCCCGUGUCAGUCAUGGAGGAGGUCAGCAAUGUAGCUGUACUCAUCCCACACUCCUCCGCCCCCUCUCCCUCCUCCACUCCGUCAGCGCUGGGAUCCCUCUCUCAAAGCCGAACCCGGCGAGACGUCCAGGGCGACGCCUCCCAGAGUUUACAGCAGAAACAGGCCGCAGACUCCCUCAUCCAGGUGAUCGAGAAGCUCAGCAAAAUUGUGGAGAAGCGGCCCCAGCGCCGCUGCACCACGGCGGGACAGAAGAGAGCCCCCUCUGCGGGGGGAGGAGGAGGAGGAGGAGGUGGUGAGGAAGAAGGGACGAGGGGGAGCAGAGGAGGCUCCCCCUUUAAGAAAAUGAAGAGGAACUGUAAGGGGCAGGAGGGCGCAGAGGAGGAGGUGCGGUUGGGUGGUGGCGCGGCUCUUUCCCUGCCCUUUCCUGGCGACAGCAACAACAACAGCCUUGUCCCCGCGGCAACGGAGGCAGCCGCCGACCCCGACAGCGGCGACCACAAGCGGACAGUGACGUGCUAUCAGUGCAGCCUGUGUCCUUAUCUCUCCCAAACGCUGCCCCUGCUGAAAGAGCACCUGAAGCAGCACAACGAGCAGCACAGCGACCUCAUCCUCAUGUGCUCCGAGUGUCGCUUCACCUCCAGGGACCAGGGACAGCUGGAGGCGCACGUCCGGUUUCACUUCGAAGCCGGUAAGGACGAGGUUUUAAGCAAGCAGGACAGCGACUGGAGCGGCAGCGUGGCGACGGAGACGAUCAGGAGCGCGUCGGAUGACUCCAGGGAGCCGCCACCAAAGAAGAAGUGGUACAGCUACGAGGAGUACGGCUUGUACCGCUGCCUGAUCUGCAGCUACGUGUGCAGCCAGCAGCGGAUGCUGAAGACCCACGCCUGGAAGCACGCCGGCCUGGUCGACUGCUCCUACCCCAUCUUCGAGGACGAAGACGGCGCCGCCGCUGCUAGGAGAGAAGCCCCGGCCGCAGCCAACACGCCGGCAACCAGAGAGGAAGUAGUCGUCCUCUCCCCGGUCCUUCAAGAGAAAAGCCCGCAAAAGCUGUCCGCCGCCUUCAAGCUCCAGCUCUGUGUUCCCAUGGCUGUCGAGAACAAGCAGGAUGCACCAAAUCAUCCAUUUUUUGAUCCCAACCGGAGUCUAAAGACGGAAGAGGAAGAAGAAGAAGAGGAGGAGGAAAGGGUGUACCCCAUCAAAGACCUGACCUCAGAGGAGCCGGUGGUGGAGGUGCAGGUGAUGACGGAGGCCGAGUCUGAUGUGGAGAUAAACAAUCACCAUCACCAUCACGGCACCUCUGUGACGGACAGCUUACUGUCGUCGGCUCAGAAGAUCAUAAACAGCAGUCCCAACAGCGCCGGCCACAUCAACGUGAUCGUAGAACGCCUCCCCUCGGCCGAAGAUUCGGUCAUGGCAACGAACCCGCUUCUUCUCAGCCCUGACGUGGACAGGGACAAGAACUUAGCGUGUGCAGAGGAGGAAGAGCGGAAACAUGUGCCAGCUGCAGAUAGUAGCGCCGCCGACAGCCAGCUAAUGGGAGCUGACGUUAAACCCUCUGUGGGUAGCGACCCUCCACGGGACGAGAACAUUCCCCCGGCCGGUCGCAAGCGGACGCAUUCGGAGUCCCUCCGCCUGCACUCUCUGGCGGCUGAGGUCCUGGUCGCUAUGCCCAUGAGGACCCCUGAGCUCCCCACCUCCAGCACCAAGGUAAUUCUGAAGACCAUCGCAGCCCAGGCACAGAGCCCAAACUCGGGACAGAAACUCGUAGAGGCUGGACAGCAUGCUUCGGACGCAGAGACAACAGCAGCUCUGCUGGACUUGGAGCUUCAUGGUGGGGGCAAAGAGGAAGAUCUGUGUCUUGGGGAGGGGGACGAGGAGGGCCCCGCCACCAAAGCCGGCAUCAGCCUGUCGCUGCUCACCGUCAUCGAGAGGCUCCGGGAGCGCUCGGACCAGAACGCCUCAGAUGAGGAUAUCUUAAAAGAGCUUCAGGACAACGCCCAGUUCCACAACGGAGCCGCGGUCACAGAAAACGGAGCCGGGGGCUUCAUGUGUGGCAUCCCGGAGAUGGACGGGUUGGUCGCGUCCACCGACGGCGGCCUGGUGGACUACAUCCCCGGCAGCGAGCGGCCGUACCGCUGCCGCCUCUGCCGAUACAGCAGCGGCAAUAAGGGCUACAUCAAACAGCACCUGCGGGUGCACAGGCAGAGGCAGCCGUACCAGUGUCCCAUCUGCGAGCACAUCGCCUCGGACAGUAAGGACCUGGAGAGCCACAUGAUCCACCACUGUAAGACCAGGAUGUACCAGUGCAAGCAGUGCCCAGACGCCUUCCACUACAAGAGUCAGUUAAGAAGUCAUGAAAGGGAGCAGCACAGCUUCAGCGGGGACAUGGCCGCCCUCGCACCGGUCACUGAAACCGUGGCCAUGGUGGAGGAAGCCGAGCGGGUAACGGAUGAAGAAUGUGGUUUGCAGAAGAUGUAUAAGUGUGAUGUGUGUGAUUACACCAGCUCUACGUAUGUCGGGGUGAGGAACCACCGUCGGAUCCAUAACUCUGACAAGCCUUAUCGGUGUUGUAGCUGUGAUUUUGCCACCACCAACAUGAACAGUCUAAAGAGCCACAUGAGGAGGCACCCUCAGGAACACCAGGCCGUGCAGCUGCUGGAGCAGUACAGAUGCUCUCUGUGUGGCUAUGUGUGCAGUCAUCCCCCGUCCCUCAAAUCCCACAUGUGGAAGCACGCCGGAGACCAGAAUUACAACUACGAGCAAGUUAACAAAGCCAUUAACGAGGCCAUCUCCCAGAGCAGCCGAGCUCCUCAGAAGUUGUCGGCUGUGCUGGAGUCGGUGGCAGAGCGCCCUGCGGUGGCUCCGCCCUCAAAAGACAAAACAAGAAUCCCCAUGGAACCACUGCCAACACCCACAAGGACGACGACAGCAGCCGGCCCGGCCGUGGACAGCUCGGCAGGCCUGCUCACGGACCCUUCACAGUGGCCCGGUGAAUCCCCGAGCCACCAGGGGAAGGACCCCGCCCAUCCCCAUCCCCAGAGCCAGCCGCGCACCGGCCAGGCCCCCGCUCCGGGCCCCGGCAUGGAAUACUGCGUGCUCUUGUUCUGCUGCUGCAUCUGCGGCUUUGAGUCCACCAGCAAAGAGCGGCUGAUGGAGCACAUGAAAGAGCACGAGGGGGACAUCAUCAGCAUCAUCCUCAACAAGGAGCAGCAGCAGCAAGCAGAAGCACAGACGGCAGAGUGAGACUGCCCCCCCCCCCCCCUCCCCUCCUUAUAUUAACACUGACAACUCACAAUGAGCUGCUGCUUAAACAUUUCACAUCUACUCUUCUUUAGUAUCGUCAUGUGACAGCUUGUCCUCCGGUCCGGUCGGGUUGUGAUGUCAAAGGUGUGAGGCUGCGGUUGCUUCUGUUCAAAGCAAAAAAAAAAACCUUGUUAAGGGAAAAUGAUGAAAUAAUUUUUCUGAGCGGCAUAUCCUUUUGAAAGGAAUGUUUAAAAGAAAUAUAAGAAAUAAAAAACGUUAGUGUCACAUAAUUGACAUUAAAGAGGCCACAACAUUUUGUGGCCGUAGGGAAGUGAUUUUCGUUUUCAAGGGACAAGCCCCGAGCUCUAACCCUAGUUUAUUUUUCAAUACACAGGGACAAGUUCAUACCUCAGAAAAACCAUACGACCCCUCACCAGAAAUGGAAACAAAAAAAAUUCACAUAUUUUCCAGUCUAAUUAUAUAGUUUGACCAUAAGGCAGCUCUUUUAUUGCUACUGUAAUAUUUAAUGUAUUUGAUCUGCGACGGCUGUGUCCUAGUUCAGGAGGUACAUGUGCAAACUCACAGAUGCCUAAAGGCAUGUAUCACAGCUUGAAUAUGAUUUUAAUAUUUAUCAGUUUUGUUUUUUUUAUGCAUGUUUCCGUUUAUGCCAAGUUAAAUCGGCAAAUGUUAUUAAUUAUUAUUAUUAUUAUUUGCGUCUCUCUCGUAUGACUGUGUAAUUUGACUCGUUGGAUCAGAAAAUUAGCGUCUUCAGAGGAGACGGUUCUCGUUCUCAAAAGGAGGAAGUUGGAAGUUGACCAGAGCAAAGUUGAUGAUUGUAGAGGGACAGAGGUGAUGGUUUAAUAGUUGACAAAAGGAAUGAUCAAAAGGGAAGUCUGCGUACGUAGGGCUGUUAUUUCAAAAUAAAGGUCCCUCGAUCCUUUAAAGCAGGAAUGUGUUGUAUCCAAUCUCAUGUUUUCACUUGUGAUUGUGGUGCUAGGCUCACUUAAAGAGUUGGCAUUAAAUAUAUAGUCUGUUCUUUUUUUAGCCCAUGCAAUUUAUCCUGUGUAUAUAAUAACAUUUUUUUUUAUAAUGACCUUUUUGCUCUUUUCUGUCAGUGUUUUUUAAAAUACAUACUCUAGUGUCAAACGCAAACAUGGAAUGACUGCUGUCCCAGCUAACACGAACACGCCUGAAAUAUGAAGACAGGGAUGUGAAAGUACAGUUUUUGGCGGCGACACAUCUCUUUAAGGUUUAUUGGCACACAGUCCUGCCGUGUGCUCUCAUGAGAUUGACCGGAAGCAGGAGUGUAAUAUAAUGACUGCCGCUCUGAUAUGGAAACACUCAACUCAGCACAGUGUAAUGUGGGUAAAUUGGAAACUUCGAUCAAUGCGGGCUUCGUGUUAACAGUGAUGGAUGGUCUAGCUGUGUUGGAAGUUAUUUUUCACACAGGAUGAACGGCAGGAAGUGGCUUUUUUUUUUUUUUUCCUGGAAGGAGAAAAAUUCUACCCUAAUCUCUCAUAUGAUGCAGAAAACACCUGUUUGACUGUAAAGGAAAGAUUACUGAAGCCGACCUGACGAUCUAGUCACCCAGAUGUUAGAUGUUAGGAACAACCAAUGUAUGUCUCGCUUUUUAAAGGGUUAGCCACCCAAAAAGAUGAUCACCAAAAAAAAAACCAAUCAGUUUAAUCAAUGCUACAUUUAAAAUCACCGCUUUACCUUGCUGUCCGACAGUCCUUUCUGAUGGGGAUGUGAAGCCGUUCUAGCCAUCUAUGCUCUCUUCAAAUUCACAUGACUCCAUUGACAAAAGCAGUAACUUUACCUUGCAGAUCACAGAAAGUUUAAAGCAACAAAGUCCGACAAUGCCACAAACUGACCGAUCGAGGCAGCAGUAUAUCAGCAACUCUCAUGUUCUGUGCGGUAGGAAUGUCUGUUUUUGUAAAGGGAGUCUGGUGGCUUAGAGUAGAUAGCAGCUUUAACUGAGAAAAGACUGUGUGACAGCAAAGUAAAGCAUGAAACUUCAACUGAUUGGGGUGUUUAACUGAUGGGUUUAUUUUAGUUGUUAUACAUUUCUUUCACUCAUGUCUCCUGUCUGUUUGUCCAAACCCCAUCUACUGUAGGUAAUGCACUGACUAUGGAUAAGAAGCUCAUUCAACCCUUCUUGAAAAAGCCAAGCUAUCCCUUUAAUGUCGAUUAAUUUCAAACAUGUCUGGACACGAUUGCUGUGAUUGGAAACCCGUCAAAACAAUGACAUUUACAGAGAAUUUGUAUUUAUUCUUUUAAGCCCCAUAUAAUGUAUAAUGCAAAUCCAUAAUGCACUCAUCAGUAUGUCAUCCACAUAGACAAAGGCUGAAGAAAUGAAGUAUAUCCAUAUUCCAUCGAUACUCCAUCUGACACAGCAGCUUGAAACUGUGUCUAAAUGUGUGUGUGUGUGCAGCGUAGUGGGUAAAACAAAAUUCAAUCUUAACCUAAAAGACCUGGCCUGGGAUUUUCAUUAUCAUAGCAGGUAAUUAUUGUCUGCAUUUUUAAUUUAAAACUCUACAUGGCAAAAAUGAGGGCAGUUAGUGAAUUGGCCCUUCAGUGCUCGUCCUGUCUGAUUGACCAGACGGGCAUGUAAAUGAGCAGUGAGCAGUUUACAGCCUGACCUGCUGUAACUAUCAUAGUUGUGACAAAGUUUUCUUUUGCAUUGAGGGGUUAUCAAUAUGUCGGGUGCACACCUUUGUUUUACUUUUGAUGCAGAUAAAGUGCUUUAGAGAAUCUGGCUAAACUGUUGGUUUUUCUAUAACUUGUGUGAUCGUCUUGCCCUGUGGUGCUUUGUGGUGGGUUAGAAAAUAUAUAUAUAUUUUUUCCCCAAUAUAUUUUGUUGUCUUCAACAAAUCCCAUUAAAAGACCAAAACCAACAUCUAAUUAGUUCAUCUGACAAUAAUCGCAGCCUCCCUACCUUGUCUAUGGCACCAGCACAAUUGCAUUUAAUACGAUGAACACAUAACUUUUUCAUAAAUUUUUUAAAUAGCGGACAUUUCUAAUAACAGUUUGAAAAUGAAGGUUUUUGUAUGACGUUACUGGAACAAGCUCUAAAUAGCGCAUUUGUUGGGGACUAUUUUUAGCGGUGCAUUAAUCCUCAUUUUGGUGUGGUAGUGAGUCUUUCCGGCACCAGUAAGUGAGAACUACUGGACGGUAGUAGGAUACAUUCUUUGUGGGUGUUGGUCUUUUCAUGAGAGUUGUUGGAAGAAAAAAACCUGUAUAUUCUAGCACUUGUCCUUAAUUUGGUGCAUACAGUUUUAUCAUAGGCCAAAGCUACAAAAAUAGCAUUGCAUCCUAGUAGUAAUACAUUCACUGAACUCUGUAACUGUAAAGCAUAUGUGUUAAUUGUGAAUAACACAAUAACUUUAAUAGCAAACCAAGCACCUCAGUGUCAGCCAGACCUAGAUAAAUAACAUACCCUGUUAUACUGAGUUGUGAUUACACCAUAGUUCUUGAUAAUAUUUCAAGUAAAAAGCAAUCAUUUCAGAUACUUUUUAAAUGUUAGCAUAACAAGUGAAGACAAAAAACAUCUUGCGAUUGUGUUGGUGUGAAUGUAAGACACAAAUUUCAAGAGUGUGGCAGCACAGGCAGCACUUUCAGAGCGUUCGCCACAGUUCCCUUUCCCUCAGUCGGUUUUAAUUCACACCACGAGUAAAGAACUCAUACUUUGUGCCAUAUUAGUUUAUUUGUAGGCAAAUUAUUUAUUGUGCCUUUUGGUUCGAGGUAUCAUUUAUGUUCAAACUAGAAUUAUUUUGCCAAAACAUCAGCAACAUAUUUAAUUCAAUUAAUCAAAAUUUUUGAUUUGGGCACAGAUCGGUCAGCCAGUUGUAUUGAGGUGAAUUAUUGUGGAUUGUAUUACACCUCAGCAUGUUUUCCAUUGGGGCAAAUCCCCAUUUUCUUUUUAUUCAGUUUUUGGGGACACAGAAACAACAAUAAACCAAGUAUGUGAAACAGCUCUUUAUUUUUUAAAUGCUAGCUAUUUAACCUAUUAAUGAGCUCAAAUACUUUCCUACUGUUAGUUUGUACAUAUUGUAGAUCAAUACUGCAGAACUUUGAAACUGACUUUUUUUUUAAAAAUAAAACCUCUAUUUUUUAAUGAUCUUGUAAAAAAAAAAAAGAAAAAAAAACUGGCACAAAAAAAUUUGAUUAAAUUUUGACUCUGGUCUUAUUUCUUUUCUGUAUAUUUAAGAGAGUUUGUUGUUUUAAGAAAAACACAGCAAAAUGAGCUGCGUGCAUUUUAACCAAAAGAAGGUGGGUAUAACAAGAUAAAACAUGUCUGUCCUAAACAGCCAUUUUUUUUUUUUGGGAUCAUAUUCAAUUUUGUACUGAGGUUCAACAUGGAAUUGUUUGAGACAGCAGUGUGACACUUGCUUUAUGUUUAUUUAUUUGUAGAACAUCAUAGGCAGUAUUAUGUCACCACUUUGCCAUUGUAUUUUUGGUAAUAAAGACU